UGACCUCACUGCUCAUGGGGAGCUUGUCUUCCCAGAAUUUGAUCUCAAUUCAUCUGAAAUUUCCUUGCCUGAAAAUUCCAAUUUAGGGUUUUCUGAACUGAAUACACUUGCAUGCCCUUAUCCUGCACUGUCACCUCACUCCAAGAAUGAAGACACAUCUCUUGAAGACCACCCAAAGACCACAAAAUGUCUCACAGCCAUCAGUAUCAAAAGCAGACACUGUUAAACGUCCUUCUAGUAUCUCCUUUGAGUUCUCAGAGGGGGUGUCUGUGAGUCCUGAAACAUCACAGAGGCCUGAAAUGCUAGAGUUUGCUAAAGAUAUCGAAUCUGGGACAGUCAAUGAAGAUCCUAUGCCAUUCUGUGGAGACAACAGCUCAGGUGACACCCUAGAACACUCAACAGUGAUAUCUGAUUCCUUAGGUGGAGACGUAGACCACCAGUCUAUUGAGCACCGUCUUUCUCCACAGUCUGACAUCAUUCAAAGUAAUAUAACACAAUCCAAUGAAGAAUUUUGGGGAUCAAAUGCCUCACUCAUUCAAAAUGUGGCAGUAAGUGGAAAGUCCCUAGUUGAAGCCACUGAGCCUUUAGUGUUCCAUGUUCAAUCGGGACAGAGUUCCCUAGUAUCAACUGCUCUGCCAGUGAAGAACGGAGGGAAAACGGAUGCAGUUAUGGACACCAUCCUACAGAAUGAAUCAGGAAAUGGUAUCUUAGAGGGUGUCAGUAGUAAAGAUAUCUGUUCUGAAAUUGAAGACUUUGUUCCUGAGAACCUAAAUGAUGGCCCUUCCUUUCCAGUACUCUCAAAACCCAUGUCUUAUGACAUGCAGGAGGACAAACAAGAGAAAGUCAAUGAAUUGCCAACUAGUCCAUUUAAGAAAGACAACAUGGUAAGUCAACUCAGCACCAUCAGUGAAGAGGAAGAAAUAAUGCCUUCUAAUGAACCGACACUUCCUGUAGGACAUCUCCAUCCCACCACUGGAAUUAGAACAGGGACAGAGGAGGGUGCAUCAGAUCCAAACUCAGUGCUCUCACCUGGUAGCGUUCUUCUCCACAGCAUGUACAAGAGUGCAGAUUCAGACCAUUAUCUCACUUGUGUAUCUCAAGAGGAUUUCCCAGUUUCCCCUAACUUAGAGCUCACAAAGAGAGUGAAACCAAGACAUGAUCUAUCUGAGGAAGACACUUCAGAAUUUGAAUCCUUGCCAAACCAUAUCCCUAAUGUUGUGCAACAAGAUGACAUAUCCGCAAAACGCAUACCAGAAAAGGGCUGUAAGCAAGAUGAGGUCAUAGCAGAAAACAUUAAUCCUUUUCCAGAAGCCUUACCAAAACAAGAAUCUCCUCUGCAAGUUCUACAAAAUAAUUCCUUAUUGGACCUCCUGCCAGGAAUGCAUACCUAUUCCCCCAAAUCAGCCCCCUCACACAAUACUUCAUCUGAGAACAUGAUAAAGUCAGAUUUUGAUGAAGCAGUGCUAAAGUGCAACCCCUCAGGGGACAUUGUUGAGAAAUCCAACUUUCCCAAAGCUAUGUCACCAAUUGUUGUUACUUCAGAAAUGAUAGCAGAACUUGAGGCUCAGCUUGCACCAUUAGAUACAGACACAUGUCUGGUAGAUGAGAGUAAAACCUGCCCAAAAGAUGGAUCCUUUAAUAUGGAACCUUUUGGGAUUGUAUCAGAGAACAACUUGCAUUUAGUCCAGUUGACUGAUUCUAAUGCGUUUGUAUCUAAUUGUUCAUCAGAACAAACCUCCAGUAUCACUCAGGACCUUGUCAUAACUGAUUCUGACCUGAAAAACAUCUUUGUACCCCAGCCAACUGAAAUGCACCUUCUUAGCACUAGCAAAGGUCUGGUUGCAAACCCUGAAUCUGCAGACACCCACAAUGACCCGGAACCAAAUGCUAAACAAACAGAUAGUCUAGACAUAAAUAUUGAUUUUUGGACAACUCCAGCUGUUCGACAUUCUGUGACACCAGACUUAUUUCCAGUGAACUGGCCUACUUUAUCCCAGCCAUCAGCCUCUUCACCCUUCGACCAGCCAACGCUGGCUUCCAGGCAUGAUCAUAGCCUUAACUUUACAUCAUCUUUGUUCGACCUUUCACCUGUAGCUUCCUCAACACCACAUGUAGCAGUAGACACUAAUGCGCUGCCCCAGCUAUUCCCCUUCUCCACAAUUCCCCGUACCUCAGAGGUGCCACGUCCAAAACCUGCUGCUCCUCUUCCUACUAUGCAGGCUGUGAAUUCUACAGCAUUCAAUCCUUUUCUCCAGGAUAAAACACAGACAUCUGAUCAUCAGAGCAGUCCACACCCAGUCAAGCCAUUGACACCUCCUGAUGAGAAAAGGUCAGAGGGUCGUUCAGUACUAGAGAAGCUUAAAUCCACCAUCCACUCAGGACGAACAGGCCAGGAUGCUGACAAGAAGCUAGUGGAGGGAGGAGGCACAUACUAUCACCUGAACCACAGCGAGCUGGUGAAUUUGCUGAUCCAGCGGGAUACUGAGCUCAGGCAGGAGCGGGAGGAGUACGAGAGGCGAGGGGCGCUGCUGGAGAAGCGCGAGACAGAGCUAAAGAAGAUGAAGGUUCUGAUCAAAGAUCUAGAGGAUUACAUCGACACGCUUCUUGUACGCAUCAUGGAGCAGACCCCCACACUGCUGCAGGUCCGCUCUAAGAUGAAAUGAUACAACAAACGCCUCCACGAAUCCUGGAUGGAUGUCACAACCCUGCACUGCUACAGCAACCAUAUAAAUGUAGAGAGCUAUCUGGCGCUAGGUGAUGGGUAUGGAGGAGAGGGUGUAGGUUUGGUGUUCUUAACUGUGUCCAAAAAUACCUGGACCUCUGCUGGGGUCCGUGUGCACUGCAGGUUUGCAUUUGAUGGUUAAAGGUCGGCACUCUGCUGCUAAACUUCAAAGCUGGUAGGAUCCAUUUUGACACGUGUCAGCUGAUAUUCACUCACUAGACAUGUCACUAAGACACAUGCCAGUCCAGCUAUGUACCAAAACCACCUGUCAGUCGAAAGGAAGGCAUGACUGUGACAUGCCAGUCUUCUAGUGUUAGUGUGAAUGGUUUUUAAUGCACGAAGAAAAACAUCGAUUUAUCUUUUUUUUCUUCUAUCACGUUUUUUCUGACAUGUAACGCUCAGCUGCUUGAACCGAGAACAAAAGAGCGAGUUUGAGAUCACCUGAAAGUGUGCAAGAGGGAGCGUGAGACGUAGAAAGCAGGAAAUAGAGCAGAAUCAGCCAGUUUCAAAACUGCUUGUGCCUCCCUACAUGUCUUCCGCACUUUACUUAAGAGCUUAAGGGUUGAGGCUCAAACCAACUGACCUUCUCGCUUCGAUUUGCAAGUCAGUGUCCUUCCUCUCCCUUCCUUUGCUUGAGCCAAUGCACGUACAUCGCUGCCAGUGCUUUCAGGUGUAAUGAAUGGGAUACAUACUGUAUUCAUUGCAUAUAUGCCACUCUGACAAUAUGCCAAAUGCUGCCUUAUCAUACAGUAUUUUCUCCAUUCUGUUCUCGCUGAACUCAUCACUUUUAAUUAGAUUGCACAUUAUAAUACAAAACUAAGGGCGGAGGAGUGUUUCCAGUUAAACUUUCCCAAGACUGUUUGGUAUUGAGAUGAACAAAUGGAUCUGAAGAGAGAACGAAAGGCAUGCAAACAGCAAAUGCCAGAAAUGAUUUGCUCUAAAUUAACGUUACAGUAUUCUCAAUACCGCAACGGCUCUGUUAAUGUUACUGUAAUGUAAUUCUGGUGUUUCUAUGAUGUCGCCACUAUCAGUGUUGCCACUGUCUGUGUACAAUGUAGCACUAUAUGUAGACGUGUGAUAGAGGCGUAGGCCGCAGCACUUUUAAACCUCACACCAAGGCAUUUACAACCGUUCUUUCAAAAACAGCUUAGGAAGUGCACGUAGUCAACCGCACACGUUCACUGCACAAACUAAUCAUCCUCGAAACACAGGAUACUCAUGGUGUUUCAGUGCUAGUCCCUAAAGCUCAAGAUCUAUCAAGAACAUGUUUCUGAGUAGAAGCACUUAAGGACUCGUGUGCUCGGACUGUUGAAGGUGGAUUGAUGAAUGUUCAUUUAUUAAGGCUUAAUGUAAAAGUUUACAAUUUUUCAAAAAUGUGUUACAUUUUAAUCAUGCGAAUAUCUAUUUAUGUUUUUUAUUGUUAUGUUUUUUUUUUUUUUUUUUUUGCUUUGUGGCCAGGUCUUCUGUCACCUUUUCUUUUGGGUGGUCUGAAGGUCUGUACAAUACAUUCAUUUAUUUUCUCAUUUCCUUUAAAUGCUGUUGGUGUACAUCGUGAUUAUUGAGGUCAGUAGUAACAGAAAGCAAUAGAUGUGAAGGCCAGGCUUUUGCAGAAAUUAAGAGAUUCAUACUUUUUUAGGUCUAAACAGAUGGAAUGUAAUAUGAAAUAUGUGCUUGGGUUGCCACUGUGUUGAACAGCAGUUAAUAUAUAAAUAUUCAGCAACACACACACAGCCUGCAGCCUAGUAAGAAGGUGUGUUCAAGUGCCCUUGGCUGAAUGUUAUCAUGAGAUGUCAUGAGAUGUGUGUGUAGAAGAAGAUUUGUAUGCUUUUAAUGGUGAAGAUGAUAAUCAAAGCUACAUUUUAUGUAGUACAAACUCUGGAACUUGCAAAUAAAAACUUGUUUACUAUACUACAUUUCAUUUUA